UAAAAGUUAUGCAGAUAAUAAAACUAGCACUAAUGGAACUAUAAAUCCUACAGCUGCUAUACCAUACCCAAACACAUUCAGAGAAACUUAUAAUGUUAAUAAAUUAGAUUUUUUAGUAAUUGGUGAUUGGGGAUAUCAAGGAAAUGGAUCUGGGCAACGAUCAGUUGCAGAUGCUAUGAAGAAUUGGGCAAAGCAGAAUAAUUCUCAGUUUAUUAUUAACGUUGGUGAUAAUUUUUAUCAAGUUGAUGACAAUGAUUACGAUGGAGUUCUAAGUGUAGAUGAUCCAAAGUUUAAAAGUUAUUGGUUGGAUAUAUACACUGAAAAAUUAGCAGACAUUCCUUGGUACACCAUUGCUGGAAAUCACGAUUGGUAUACAAACGUCUCAGCGCUAGUAGAUUAUUAUUGGUCAACUGAUAAGAGAUUCUUCAUUCCAUCACUUUAUUACGUUCGUAUAUCAACUUUUGGAAAACGUAAUACAAAGGUUGCAUGGAUACAUAUCGACACCGAUCCAUUCGCAUAUUAUUAUGACAAUUUAACGGACAGGAACGAUCUUAAAGCUAAUCUUGCAACCAUGAAUGUUAAAACUAGCGAUCAACUUGAAGACAGGUUAAAUUGGAUUGAAGGACAAUUAAAGACUGUCAAAGAUAUUAAAUGGAUUUUUGUUGUUGGUCAUCACGGGCUAGUAGGCGAAUGCUCAUUCCCUUAUUAUUUACCUCGCCUCCGAUCACUCUUUGAUAAAUACCGUGUGACGGCCUAUUUCGCGGGUCACAAUCAUGUAUUAGAAAUGGAGACCGCAAAUAAAACAUCUCAUGUUACGUAUUUCACUUCGGGUGCCGGAGGUAAGUUUGAUUUGGAAGGUUGUAAAGGUGCCACUUGGGGUUCUCCAGGGGGUACUAUGGGAUUUUUACACGUUAGUAUUGAAGAAGAUAGCGAUCAAAUGUACUAUGAGUAUGUUAACGCGACUACUGCUGGUCAAACUCCUAAAGUUGUUAAGCAAGGGUUUAUCGACGUGAGAAAAGAUAAUGCUAAUUCUUAG